CCGGACCAAAGUGGUCUUCUUUUAAAUACAAUAUUGUGAAUUAUAUUUGUAUGUCAUAAAUCAUUAUCAACUGUGACAUUAUGAGAGGGUUUAUAAUAGUGGUUACAAUUAUACAUUCAUGUAUAAUAUCAAAAGCUCAAGAUAAGAUACAAUUUGCUAAAACUAAUGAAGAAAAAGCUACAGAAACCAAUUUAAAAUGCGGUGUAACCAAUCCUAGCGGUCUGGUAUUCCGUUUCGGAGAAAUGCUGGCUGACUUUGGUGAAUAUCCAUGGAUGGUCGCAAUUAUUAAAAAAUCGGACACGCCGUCGACUCAAUGGUCUGACAAAGAUUACCUCAAUGGCGGCACUCUGAUACAUACCUCCGUAGUACUCACCAGCUCAUAUGGCCUUGAAAAAAUAAAACCAAAUGAGAUCAAAUGCCGGGCGGGUGAAUGGCACAAAACCGCAGAAGAUGAAGACUAUGUCCAUCAGGAAAGGAACGUACGCAGAAUUGUUAUCCAUAAAGAUUAUUUUAAGGAUUCGUUUUAUAAUGCAAUUAGUAUGGUAUUUCUGGAACAACCCUUCGAUUUAAAUGAUGCGCCGCACGUGGGCGUAGCGUGUGUGGGUCCAACGCUACCCGAGCCGGGAACUAAGUGCUUUGGCACUGGAUGGGGCAUGUCCGCUGUCUCUGGAAAGUCUGAUAUACUAAAGAAGAUACCGGUAAAUCUUUUGAGUGCUGAUGAUUGCGAAACGAAAAUGCGAAAAACAAGACUCGGAAAGAUAUACCGAUUACACGAUAGUCUCACUUGCGCAGGCUCAGCUGAUGAUACUUGUAAGGGAGACUUGGGGGCGCCACUUGUCUGUCCCGUUAAGGAUGAUAGUACAAGAUACGUAUUGUAUGGAAUGAGCGCGUUCCGUAUCCAUGAAGAGGGCGCCCCUUGCAUUUAUGUCAAAGUUCCCGCCUUUUAUGAUUGGAUAGGAGAGCGCAUGGGCGAAGAAGGAUUUAACUCCAGUACAUAUACUUACGUGCCAUAAAUUAUAUAGUAAUUUUGAUAUAGAUAAAAAAAAA